GUAGCGUCGUUGCGCCUGAGAAGAAUCCGAGAAGCUUUCGUUGCAAGCUCCAUCCCAAGGAGUCCUUGAUCUCAUAUGGCUCCAAACUCUCCAACUCUGUAGCGCGUAAUUGCCAGAGCUACUACUAUUACAGCAAGAGAGAGAGGAGGAGGAGGAAGAAGAUGCAGUGGGUGUGAGCUGCGGCUUGCGGGCGAGGGAGUAAUCUCGCUGUCGCUUUCGCUGGGCGACGAGUUGGAGGAGAGACACGACCACGUCCGCCCCCACGCGCCCACGCCCACCACCACCACCACCUCCAUGACUGCAUCCUCCUCCAAAAACCCAAGGCACAAAUCCUAACCACCGGACGCGAGCCGACGCGACGCGACGCGAGUCCCCAUCCACAUCGCUCGCGGCCCUUCCACCGCACGCCAGAUCGGUGGCGGCGGCGGCUGCUCGGGGUUGGAUCCAAUGCGAGCGGUGAUUGAUAGCUGUUGAUGCGAAGGACGACGAUCUGAGGUGGUGGUGGAGUUGGGGGGAUGGCUGCGGCGACGGCGCCGGUGGCGGGUGCGGCGGAGCGGCAGCAGCAACAGCAGCAGCAGCAGCGCGGCGGGGCGGCGUCGGCGAGCGGCAACGCGGUAUUUAAGAGUGGCCCUCUCUUCAUAUCAUCCAAAGGAAUUGGAUGGAAAUCAUGGAAAAAGCGUUGGUUCAUCCUCACUCGAACAUCACUUGUUUUCUUCAAGAGCGACCCUAAUACCUUGCCCCAGAGAGGUGGUGAAGUGAAUGUUACUUUGGGGGGAAUUGACUUGAACAAUUCUGGGAGUGUAGUGGUCAGGGAAGACAAGAAAUUGUUAACUGUCCUUUUUCCAGAUGGUCGUGACGGCCGUGCUUUUACCUUGAAGGCAGAGACAUCGGAAGAUUUGUUUGAGUGGAAAACAGCAUUGGAAGAAGCUCUUGCACAGGCCCCAAAUGCAGCUCUUGUGAUGGGACAUAAUGGGAUAUUUCGUAAUGACACAACAGAUCCAUAUGAAGGAGCUGUUCCAAACUGGCGAGAGAAGAGGCCUAUCAAAUCAUUGGUUGUUGGUAGGCCGAUUCUUCUUGCACUGGAAGAUAUUGAUGGCAGCCCUUCUUUCCUAGAAAAAGCUUUGCGUUUUCUUGAGAGACAUGGAAUAAAGGUGGAGGGAAUUUUGCGCCAGGCUGCAGAUGUGGAGGAGGUUGACAAAAGAAUGCAAGAAUAUGAGCAAGGAAGGACGGAGUUUGCACAGGAUGAGGAUGCUCAUGUUAUUGGUGACUGUGUAAAGCAUGUUCUACGUGAACUACCAUCUUCUCCAGUACCUGCUUCCUGCUGCACAGCCUUAUUGGAAGCUUUUCGUCUGGAGAGCAAGGAAUCUCGGAUAAAUUCUAUGCGUGCGGCAAUAUCUGAGACAUUUCCUGAGCCUAAUAGGCGGCUGCUACAGAGAAUUUUGAGAAUGAUGCACACUGUUGCUUCUCAUACUGCUGAGAAUCGAAUGACUGCAUCAGCAGUUGCUGCCUGUAUGGCUCCUCUCUUGUUGCGUCCACUUCUGGCUGGUGAGUGUGAGAUGGAAGAUGACUUGGACAUGAAUGGUGACAGUUCUGCCCAGCUCAUUGCUGCGGCAAAUGCUGCCAACAGUGCUCAAGGCAUUGUCACUACUCUCUUGGAGGAAUAUGAGGGUAUUUUUUAUGAUGAGCACCUGAGGUGUUCCCUAUCACCUGAUUCUCAAAUUGAAGAUAGCGGAAGUGAAGAGUCAACAGAUGAUGAAACUGUGGAUAUCAAGGACAGUGGAUUUCAUGAUGCAGAGAAUGAUGCAGAUCAAGAAUUAGAUGACUCUGAGCGCAUAUUGAGUGGAAAAUUAAGUGAAACCAGUGCAUGCACUGCUGGUGACCUCUAUGACUACAAGGUAGCUGAUGAUGAUUCAGACGGUGAACCUUCUACAGAAGAUAAGGCUUUGGAAACAAAGGUGGAUGUAAAUGAUGCCCAGCAUAGUCAUUUAGCUGAAAAUGUUUCAGUGAAUGUCCAGAGAUCACCGAAUGAAAAAGAUCCACCAAAUAUGGUGUCCAGUCAGGAUUCCCCGUUGUCGAUGGGAGAUAUUCUUUCUUCUUUGGAUGCUGGAAUUUCCUUACCUGGUCCUGGACCUGAAUAUUCUGUAGACAGGCAGUCCAUCAAAUCCAAUGGAACUCAGAUGCAUGUGAAGCGCUCCAACUUUUGGGGACGGAACAAUGGAAGAAAAAGUCAACAGUCAGAAUUGGCUGAUUCAUCGGGUGAAGAAGAGCUUGCUAUCCAAAGACUGGAGAUCACAAAGAAUGACCUCCAGAUCAGAAUCGCGAAAGAGGCUAGAGGAAAUGCAAUCUUACAAGCAAGUUUGGAAAGAAGAAAACAAGCACUACAUGAGCGCCGUUUGGCUCUGGAGCAGGAUGUUUCAAGGUUGCAAGAGCAGCUACAAGCUGAAAGAGAUCUUAGAGCUGCAUUGGAGGUUGGAUUAAGCAUGUCUUCUGCACAUAUUUCUAGUUCACGUUCUAUGGAUUCAAAGACGAAGGCAGAGCUUGAGGAGAUUGCUCUUGCGGAGGCUGAUGUUGCAAGGUUAAAGCAGAAGGUUGCGGAGCUCCAUCUCCAACUCAACCAGCAGCGUCAACAUCAGUAUGGCUCUUUGGCAGAUGCAAAUGAUCGUUAUCAACAUCUUCCAAACCAUCUCCCACAGAACUUUGUUCAAUCAGGUUUUGAUAUGAACCUUGCUUUCUGUAAUCAGGAGAAGAAGCAAAGGAAUGAGCAGGGCCCCGCAGGUGCAUCGCAUUGGAGAAGCAUCAAGCAGCACGUGCUACCUCAUGGUUCUUCAAGGCCCUUCUCCCGGAAGCACUCCAUGGACGCCUCGUCGAGUGAUUCGAGGGAGGCAUCAACGAGCAUGCCAGCGGAUGGCAAUUCCAUGUCCGUGAACAUCCCGAAGGCAACCGAGGGCGUCGAGUACGGGAGGCAAGCUCCCGUGGCAUCGUCCACUCUGGUCGAACUGACGACCAGGCUAGAUUUCUUCAAAGAACGGCGGUCACAAUUAAUGGAGCAACUCCACAGCCUGGAUUUAGGAAAUGGAUCAGCUAAUCAUGGUUUCCCAUACAAGUCUUCGUCACCUUGGAACAGUCCAAGGUAGGAGGAGACUUCUUUUUUUUUGCGACAUUCUGUUUGUAUAUUCUUGGUAAAGAAUCCUCUCGUUUUCUUUCGUAGAAGCUGCUAGUGAGAAUGAAUGUAUAUCCCUUUCCUGUUCGUCUUCCAUUUGUUUUUGUUUUGUUGUUGCAUGCGGCAGCCUCUUUUGGGUGUGAUUUUGUAAUAUGCUUUUUGUAAUCUAUUGUAUGUAACACGAGUUGGGGGGAUCAUAAUCAUUGCCACUUGUUUCUGGUGUCUUUCCAAUAUAUAUUGUGUUUUUAAAA